AAAGAGGCGGCGGGAGCCAGAGUAUGAAGUAGCAUCUGAGCUUGCAGAGAACGGACGUAAUGAUGAACAUGGCAGCUCAGAAAGAGAACAGGAGCGAGGCAAAGAGAGAAUGAAGAGCAAGGUGAUGCAGAAGAAGUCUGCACAGAGGACAGGAUCUUUUACAUGGACAGGAGGACACAGUGAAGAUGAGUUUGAACCAGGACUUGAAGGGAACGGCAGAGCGUAACAGCCCAAAAGAUCAUCUUAGUGAGAGUUCAACUCACAGUCUUUCAGGCCGGGGUUAUUCGUGUGACAGUGAAAGUGACAUCGAUGACAAGGCAUCUGAUGUUGGAUCAGAGAAGCUCUUCUCUCCGGCUCCCAGCAAAGGUCGUAACUUGAAUGAAAGUCUUGAGUCAACAACUGCAAGUUCAACCAAAGUCUCUGGGCUCCAGCGCAGUCAAGAACAGAGCGCUGAAGUGCCCUUUGCGCCACCUGUCACCACCCCCACCCCUGCUUCUCCUAACAUUGGAUCCACAGCACCCACUGCCUCUGCAGUACUGCCUCCAAGUGCCAGGAUCAGCAGCCCAGCACCCCCAGUGAAGGAGUCCCAGCCACAGUCGGCACCCCCUUCUCCCCAACUGAUUGCCCAAUCACUGCCUCAGCCUGAGCUGCGAGUUCCACCUGUCCAGGCGCCUUCCUAUCCUCCAGCCAUCCAUCAAGUUCAUCACCAGACCCAGUACAACGGUCACAAUAAUAUCAGCAGAAGCAGCAGUGCCAGCAGUACUACCAGUGUCAGCCUUCCAAAGCAGCACCUUCCCCACUCUCCUCUCCACUCUGCCUUACCUCCACCUCCACCUGCUCUGCCUCUAUCCAUUGCCAACCUCGCUACCUCGCACUAUUCGCUGCGACCUCCAGCACACCACCACCCGGCCAUGUUUGCGACUCCUGCCUCACUGCCACCUCCACCAGCCUUAGCAAACAACAGCCUUGUGGUACCCGGACAUCCUGCCGGAGCUGCUUACCCAGAACAUGACCUCUUACGGCAAGAGCUGAACAAUCGUUUCCUGAUUCAGAGUUUGGAGAGAAGUGGAGCAGCAGUCCACACGCCCUUAGCCCCAGUGUCUCUUCUGAGGGCUGAGUUCCACCAACACCAGCACACUCAUCAACACCGACAUACCCACCAGCACACGUUCACGCCCUUCCCAAUGAUUGCUCCUCCCAGUGCACCCAGCAUGGUGCGUAGCCUGGCUCAAAACUUUGACAAGUACACAUCCAAGCUCGACAACCCCUUCCUGCGACACUCCAGUUUUUUCCCAUCGUACCCACCGCCAAUGUCUGGCAUGGCUCCCCUUCUUCCUCACUCAGCCCCCUUCAGUUCUCUGCAGGGUGCCUUCCAGCCUAAGGCUUCCAAUCCAAUAGAUGUAGCAUCUCGCCCUGGUGGAGUUCCUCACACACUUCUACAGAAGGAUCCACGGGUGUCUGAUCCUUACAGAACUUCUGUCAGAAAACCAGGUAAAUGGUGUGCAGUUCACGUUCAGAUUGCCUGGCAAAUCUACCACCACCAGCAAAAAAUGAAGCAAAUGCAGCUGGAUCCACAUAAACUGGAUAUGAACGGCAAGCUGGAUUUGUUCAGCAGACCACCAGGCCAAGGCCUCUUUCCAGGAUUCCCAUACCCCCAUGACCUUGCUAGGCCACUCUUCCCAGCAACUGGAGCAGCAAGGCGGCAGACACCAUCAAUCGUCCAGCUCUGUCUAAGGCCUCCCACCAAAGGUGCUGGACACCCUGCGGCAUCACCUUAUGGACCCCCUUCUCAUCACAGCAGCUUCCUGGCUACAGGUCACCUGGCAGAUCCUUUUAACCGCUCCAGUGCCUACAGCGGUCUUGGAAACCUCACGUCCAGUGCCUUUGGAGGAUUAGGCAACCCUUCACUCACUUCCAACAGUGUGUUUGGACCCAAGGAAAGUCAUGGCCUGUCUGGAUUUAGUAGUCCCCACCAUGACACAUGGAAUCGCCUUCAUCGAACACCACCCUCUUUUCCCACACCCCCCCAGUGGCCAAAGUCAACUGACAAUGAACGCAGCUCUUCUGUGACCAACCACGACAGAGAGAAGGAGAGAGAGCGCGAAAGAGAGCGGGAGAAGAGAGAAUCCCUCAGCAAAGAGGACAGAGACAAGGACAGGGAUACACAAGACAAGAGCCGUACCUCCAACAGGUCAUCUCCUGCCUCAGCUCCAGUUGGAUAUCAAAUCAGCAACCUAAUCCGUAGCAGCAGUAUUGAACGGACACGGGAGGGAGAAAAAGAGUCAAUAGAGCGCCUGAGAGAGACAUCCCUGAGCACAGACAUUAAGGUUAAAGAGAGCCACUCUCCGAGCAAGGAGAUACACGAGCGGCGCCAACCGGAGGACAUGAGCAAACCUUGCCUUCAGCCACCAUCUCCAUAUGGCAAGCCCAUCCUUACUGAGCCAACUCUCAAGAUCACAAGCACGCCAGGAAAAGAUGGUGACACAAAAUCGAGACAGUCCCCAUCUGCUGAGCUACUACAGAAGGUGAAAAAUGAUGUCAAAGUCAAGGAGGAACGCAAAGAAGAGCAGGAGGUAAUGUUGGUGAGCUCAGAACCAGCUACUGCCACAACACAGCAGCACCACCCAACAGCUCAUCAGCCUCCCUCUAGGUGCACAGAUCUACCCUCCCCGGCCUCUCUUCAUAGUGUCCAUCUGCCUCACUCAAUGCCACUGUCCUUAAGUGGUGUCAAUCAGGUCAACAGUUUCAAUCUUUUGGAUCGUACUCGAGUGGCUCCAUUCAUGGGCAUAAGCCCCUUAUCUUCCACAAGAGAGCGUUUACCCCACCCAGGAUUCACCUGGGAUCCUUUAAGAGAUGCCUAUCGCAGCCUGGAUCUGCACAGGAGAAUGGACUACCAGUUGCGGGCAGAGCAGAGCCAUCGCUUCCCUGGGAUAUAUGAACAUGAGCGAUCGUACAGGGAGCGGGAGCCUCAUGACUACUCUCACCACGAACACCUACUUGAGGCCCGCCGGGAGCACGAGAGACUUCGCCAGGCGGAAGAAAGGGAGCGGAUGCAUAUCCGAGAUGAGUUAGACCGAGCUCGCUUGCACCAGCUUCACCAGUCGCCCAUUGAGGGUCAUUUGCCUCAUAUGCCACCGUUCAUGUCCCCACUAGGAAGCAUGCAUUACCCGAGGCUGAGCCCAUCAGCUGCCCACAAUGGAAUGCUAAACAGGACACCGCCAACUGCUGCUCUGAGUGCGCCACCACCAUUAGUUCCUACUGGCAGCACCAGACCAACCUCUCCCCGAAGGACUACCCCCUUGGCGUCCUCGGAGCCCAGAGAGUACUCGCCCACACACAAUCCCAAAGAAGUGGAAGCCCGGUAGCUCUGAGCUGGACAUGUAGUACAUACAGCGGACAUUUCCUAUCUUGUGCACUUUUGAAAAAGAAAUCAAACAAAACUAAAUGCACUGCUUUUAUCAAGACAGAACAAUAAAGGGACUGUACAUUUGUUAAAAUGAAAAGCACAUGUCAUGCUUUGUUGUGUGUUUGGGAAGGGAGUGUAUUAUAGAACUAAAUAAAGAUGCAGAGUAUAACAUUCUUAUGUUAAACUUGAGAUUAAUAUAUUAACGAGAUUUCUUUCCCUCAUUUUUAGCAUUCAAGUUGAUAUUUUGUGUUUGCCAGUUUAUCUGCCCUUCCCUUCCCGUGUACGAAAAAUGAUGACUUGUUUACAUGUUGGAUAAACUGGGGGGGGUUGGCUUCCUCUAUGACACACACACACACACACACAUAUAUAUAUAUAGAUAUAGAUAUAUAUGUUUGUAUUUAUCACAGUUCACUGUGAAACUCUGAGCAUAGGCCAGAUAAACAAAACCAACUUAUUUUUAACAAUGUUUGGUACCAGAAAGAGACUUGAAAACUUUACAUUUCAUUUGGUUUUGCUUUGUCCCUUAUCUGUUCAUUUUCUGUACUCAAAACUAAUGUAAAUAGUCGGUUCAUAUUCCUAGGAGAUGACAAUUGUAAAUUAGGCUUUUUAAAAGUUUUUAGGUGGUUUGAAAUACAAAGCAGAGCCAGUGACAAAGUUUCUUCUCCUAAGAUUGAUUAAGACACUGAAACUUUGUAGAAGAGAGGGAGUCUCUUCACCAUUUUAAUCAUCAAUCUAUGCAAAGGACUGUCGACUGACGGAGCGACCGAAGGAAAUGCACUCAGCUAGGAGACACAAAUGAAGUGGUUUUACUUUUUUAAAUUAACAAUAAAAAAGGGAAAAAAAAGAACAAUUCUUGAACCCUAAAUAUUACUGUUUGGCAGGUCGAGAUGCCUGACCACAGAAGGGAAGGCACUGUUUGUUUGGUUUUUUAUUUUAUUUUUUUUCUGGCAGCAAUGGACAGUGUCCAGCCUGUGCUCUUGUGCAGUGUUUUUAAUAGACUCUUGUAUACAAAAAAAUCAGUAGGGUUUUAGACGUGCAAAAAAAAAUAAAAAUUAAAAAACAAUGAGCUCUGAUUAUCUAUAGUAAGUCAUGUCCAUAAACAAAUGUUUUGGUUUUGCUAUGGUUCUGCCUGAGCUAAAUUUGGUAUGAUUUUAUUAAAUUUUGUUUUAUUUAA